UCAAUUCCAUUAUUCCAAAGUUUCAGCCCCAGGCUCUCACCGCUCUUUCGCUCUGCCUCUGUCGCAACACUUUCACCGGAAUCACCGCUCUGUCGCUCUGCCUCGCCAGUCACCGGCUUCGUCUUCAACCGUCGCUGGCUGCCUGUCUCGCUGCUCGGCUACUCCUGCUUAAUCGCGCAGACCUCACAUACAGCGGUCUCAUUUCACCUCGCCUCGCCUGUCAUUCGCUCUCAUUCCACAGUAGGCCAUUUUCCAAGCUCCACAAUCUACUCUGCAAAUCCACAUUUGGAUUCUUGUAAACAAUUACACUUAUCAACUAAUCAUUUCCGGUCUUCAACGCUCAAUUGGAUGUGAUUUUUUCUUUUCCGGCGUCUUGUACAACGCCUUGAGGUGAAGUCUCACUAAAUUAAGCUCACAAUGAAAGAACUGGUUAAGGAUCAGACUUUUGCAACGCAUAUGGUUGCUGGCACAUGGUCUGUUGCAUUGGGCACUGCUUUGACUUACCCACUUGAUACUCUUAAAGUCCUUUUGCAGGUGAGUUCAGGUGCCAAUACUCAACCGACCACUGUUCAGGUCCUUCUCAAGGCUCACACUUUAUCAGGCUAUUCAGGUUUUUACAAUGGUCUUGGGUGGUUGGCAGUGGGACGAACGUUAGGUGUUGGUACUCGUUUCGGCAUUUAUGAACUAUUGACCUCGUUCUACAAAGAUGGUCGAGAAGACAAUUAUGUGUAUGUCGCUGAGGCUUUAAUGGCAGGAAUUGUUGCUGGGGCUGUAGAAUCAUUCGUCACUUCCCCAUUUGAGCUUAUCAAACUUCGUUCUCAGGUCAAUUCUGCUUAUAGAUGUCGGGACCCUGCAUUAGACAUUAAAAGGGAUGCUGUUUCUCCUUUAAUUGGGAGACUACUACGUGGAUAUACCCCAAAUAUGAAGGCCUUGAACAAUUCUGUUGGUCUUCUGUCUGUUCUGGCUAAGAAACACCCCAAUUUGGGUAAUGCCAUGAAAGAAUAUCCAUGGAUGAUGAGUGGGUAUGGAAAAGCUCCCUCUAUUUGUCAUGUUAGACGGCCAUCAGAUGUAAUCUCUCUUGAAGGGUGGGGUGCUUUGUGGAGAGGAGUGAGGUCAGGAAUCACCCGCGAUUCUGUUUUUGGUGGCAUAUUCUUUUCAAUCUGGCAAGUCCUACACGAAACAAUGCUCGAUUGGAAAGCUGUUAAGAUGACUCCCAUACCUAGGUUUGAUGAAGAUGUAGGCCCAUUGUCUCCUUUAGCUGUUAGUCUUGCAGCCGGAUUUUCUGGUUCAGUUGCUGCUGCUGCUUCCCAUUCAUUUGAUACUGCAAAAUGUCGUGAUCAGUGCAAUGUUGUGCCUAAGCAUGUAUCCACUGAGAAGAAGUUUUUCAAAUUGGGCCUUCCUGGCAAUACAUUUGAGAGAUGGUUCGGAAUUCAUCCAGCAGACCGAAAAAUACUGUAUCGUGGCAUUUGGUUUCGGAUGGCACGCAGUGGAGUUGCAUCAUUCGUGCUCGUAGGAAGUUACUUUUUAACGAUUGAUCAACUAUUCUCUUGAUACAAGGAGUUUGACAGCUGCAGAACACAGAUCAAAGGUUUGUUUUCUCCUUACAUCAGAUUCAACACAUAUGAAAAUGUUAUGCAAAGCAAUUUUAUUUUAUUUUUUUCCUUUCUAAUAUUCUUUUGGGUUUGCGUUACUGAGAAACUUAGCUUUCGAUUUAAGUCUUGUGUUUUUAAUAAGCUAAUUAAAAAAUGA